CAAGUUUUUGAACUUCCGGAGUUCGGUGUUUUGGAACGAAACCCUCUAUAAAGUUCUUUAUUUUGGUGUUAUUUACAACGUAGCAUAAAAUGUUGAUAGUCUGAAUUCGAGCACAUCAAUCCCUACCAUCAGAGAAUAGCAAGAGACCAUGCCAAGGGGAAAAGCAGGAACUGCAGCACCUGCUAGGAAACCAAGGGCACCAAAAGGACCAAAACUUCCUGCACCUUUUACCAGAGGCACUGUCCUGCAAGAUCUCAGGAAGAAACAGUGGAAGUUAGGGGAUGAGGUUGGCAAAGGAGGAUUUGGUCUUAUUUAUCUGGCAUCAGAAGACUUAGGUUCUCCAAUGACUUCAACAGCAGAACAUGUUAUAAAAAUUGAACCUCACUCUAAUGGUCCUUUGUUCUGUGAACUUCAUUUUUACCAGCGAGUAUCAAGACCAGAGAUGAUUGAUAACUGGGUAAAAAGCAAGAAGUUGAAGUACCUGGGAGUGCCUAAGUACAUUGCCCAUGGGAUGCACCAGCGAGAUAAAGAAAACUAUCGUUUCAUGAUCAUGCCUCGCUUUGGAACAGACUUGCAGAAAAUAUUUGAAGGUUGUGGGAAACAGUUCUCAAAGGAAACAGUUCUUGCUCUGGGAUUAAGAAUGUUGGAUGCCCUGGAGUAUCUUCAUGAGAAUGGAUAUGUCCAUGCUGACAUUAAAGCCUCCAAUAUACUUCUAGGCUUCAGUAGCAAGCAGCAGCAGCCAGAUCAGGUAUAUCUGGUGGACUAUGGGUUAGCUCUAAAGUAUAGCCCAGAUGGUUCCCACAAACCAUAUAAAGAGGACCCCAGGAAGGCCCAUGAUGGAACCAUUGAAUUCACCAGUACAGAUGCUCACAAGGGAGUUGCUCCUUCCCGUAGAGGAGACAUGGAGAUUUUAGCCUUCUGUAUGUUACAGUGGCUCUGUGGCAAACUGCCCUGGGAAGAUAACCUGUUGGAUAAAGACUACGUAGCCAAUUCCAAAAUCAAGUAUAUGAAAGACAUUCCAUCACUGACCAGAGCUUGUUUCCGAAAGGGAGAAAUGCAAGAUGAAAUAUCAAAGUUUCUGACGUUAGUGUCAAAAUUGGGUUAUGAAGAGAAACCGGAUUAUAAUAAGUACAGGGCAUUGUUUCAUGAGGGAUUGAAGAAAUUAGGAGUGAAGGAUGAAUGGAAGCUCAAUCUGCCCAUUGCUGGUGCUCCACUGAAGAAGGGCAUCAAGAGAAAAAGUGAACUAGGUGCAGAAGCUUCUAGUCCCAAGAAAACAGCAGUGGAAAAAGUCAGGGGGACUCCAAAAGGACACGCCACAGCAGGCUCUCGUCAAAGUACUCCAAAGCUCUCUGCGAAGCCCCGACAAGGCACACCCAAGACAACAAGGGGUAGAGGUACACCAAAGGUCUCAUCACCGAGAGUCCACACUGGGAUCAAUGGUGAGGCAGUAACGAGUCCUCGGAAAAGUCCAACAAAAGUCCAGACAGUCAAAAGUCCUGUGAAAUCUCCCGCUAAAGGCAGUAUAUCAAAACCUUCUUCCACUCGACGCAAAGUUAAAAGAAGUAAGGCUCCUAAGGUUGAUGCAUGUGUUCAGACUUCCCCUCGCUGAGAUACAGUGUAAAAUAAUGCAAAAAUAGGUUAGUUAUCGCCGGUGUUCAAUUACAAAAGUUCAGUGAUGAGAGCAGAAGUAAACAUUGUAAAUUUCAGUUUUAGUGUGAAUUCCGUCAUAGUAUGAAUGUGACAUAAUAUACAUUACAAUUUACAAACAUUGAAUGGACUACUAAGCAGUAUAUAAUAGCUGUAGUACCUGAGGCUGUAGCUUGUAAGCUCACUGAGCCGUGGUGCCAAUCGGACUUGGUUUAGCUGUACUAUUUUACAAGAUCUUCACAUCUGUGUUCCCUUUAUUUCUUUGUUUUAGUAAUGAGUAUUUGUAUAAACUGUCAUCUUGUCAGUCAUUGUUAAAAAUGUUUUAUAUUUGAUUACAAAUUAAACUUUUUAUUAAACAGUGGA